GUCCAAACUGCAGCCACGCCCCUUAAAUUCACCACCAGAUUUCCAAAGGGCCUCACGGUAGUCAAAAUUUGGUCGAUCUCGAAGCGCUUCCACAAUGGGAUCCGUUGCCUCGCCACCUCUUCUUCUUCCAUAUCCGUACGAGGUUUUCCUGAGCUUCAGAGACUCCGACGUAGACAGUACCUUUGUCGACACUCUCUACACACCGGAAUUCGCACGUUCAGGGACGAUGAAGAAGAACUGCGCAUGGGAGGGGGAGAGAUCUCUCCUGGCCUCGUCCGUGCGAUGAUCGGAGAAUCCAAGAUCUACGUUCCUAUUUUCUCGGAACACUAUGCUUGCAGCAGAUGGUGCCUUGAGGAACUGGCUCAAAUGGUGGAGUGUUGGAAGCGAGGAAAGGGCGGCCAUCUCUUUCUCCCCAUUUUCUAUUACGUAGAACCUCGAGAUGUGCGACAUCAACAAGGUCCUUACAAGCAGGCAUUUGAACAACUCGCUCAGAAGCAUAGCCCGCAAAUUAUAUCGGAAUGGAAGGAAGCGCUCCAAGAGGUUGGGAAAAUGCGAGGAUGGUACAUCCAUCGGUUCAACAGACAGGGGGCUAUGAUAGAUCAGAUUGUCUCUGCUGUAGCGUUACAUUUAAAGAGCAGCCGUCAGUGACUGAUGAGUUUGUGAGAAUCAGAAAAUAUGAAGUAGCAAAAUAGUAACUCCUUUUGUUGAUCUAUGAAAUAUAAGUAGCAAAUAAGAUGUUGUCAUACCAUGUACCUCUUAUAGUGCAUGUAAUUACUCUCUACACCUUUUCUGUUGUAUUAUGUAAUCGUAUAUGUACUCUUUUGAGAAUUAGUAAAAAUUAGAUUAUUCCAGUCUAUUAUGGUAUCAGAGUCGUCACGAUCAUACGACCCGAACUCUAAACUAACUUUCUUUUCAAUUCCUUCUUCUUCUUCUUCUUGUCAUCAGGGCUACCCUCCCUCUCAAUCUCACCUCCUCCAACUUUUCCGCUGGCAUGGUAAUUAAGGUCAUGUGCCUGUUUCUUGGUCUCGAUUAGAUCGGCUAUGUUGAUGGUUCAAUAUUUUGUCCCGUAUUUCGAGGCAUGUCGGUAUAUUUUGAUAUUCUUCAUGAUAUAUCUAAUUCGAUUGACUUGUUUUCUAAAUUAUCUUCGCUAUACAAGAAAGUGGAGUGAAUUUGAUCUCUGGAUGUAGCUUAGAUUGAGUAAUUUAUAGUUUUGUUUAAGAGUUGGCACGGGUUGAUCUUUAUUAAUAAUAUCAUUCAUUCAUGAGAAAGAAAAGAAAGUCGUAAGUAGGGGUGACAAUUUCCAAUCCAAUAUAAUUCAUCCCCUUAAAUAUCCAACUAAUACAAUCCAUUUAAAUUCAAUCCAUUUGAUCCAAAUCCAAUUGGAUUGGUAGAUUCAUAAAUUGUUGACAAAUUAUAGUUUGAUACCUAAAAUUUCUCUUUUCGGGAAACACAUAAUGAGGAGAAUGAACAAAGUCAGAAACUCAGACAUGGCACAAAGUAUCAGAAGAUUAGGCUCAAACAAUCGACUUUGCUUAUUCUCUCUCUUCACUUGUGGAAAUAUCCCUAAAACACUAAUGGUAUCUGUUGGGCCACGUGGUUGAGCGGUAUUGGGCAUUAGGUCCCAAGAAGAAAGUCAGUUGGCCCGGCUCAGCAGGGAAGCCUGGGAGUUAUGCAGGUAAGACCGAUUAGCGCGUUAGGUGGUUGAUCCUCGGAUGGGACAAUAGAUAAGUCGUUUGACACAAAGCACCGAUGGUGACAAGAGAGAGAUCUGCUAGGAUAUUUGCCUCGAUACAAGUAGGACUGAGCAUUAAUUACCCGCUGUGGGCAGUCUAUUACAAGAUGGGACAUGUUUAGGGCGCGAGAGUGUCAUGGGCAACCGCCCACGGACCUUUGUUUGCAGGGUUCAGGAGUGCCUUCCCACCACCAGGAACAGACGCCUCACUCAUGUCUCAUCAAUCGCCUAAAACAUUUUAGACUCAAACAAUGUCAUUUAAGAUUUAAGAUGAAACAAACACGUUCGUAUUGGACCAUGUAAUACAAAUAUUGACGAUUGAAGUGAAAAUUGACUUUCCUUGUUGAAUUAGAGCUGGAUUUUUUUGUCACUUGUGUCGAUUACUUUACAUUCUUAGCGUAUGUCUCUCAUUAAAAAUAUAUCGAAUCUGGACAGUAAUGAAAGUAACAACGUCAA